GAGCCAGACCGGAUCCUUCAUGAGGGAAGAGGCCAGGGACAGCAAGCCAACCCCGGCUUCUCUUCUCUUCACUAAUACUGUUCUAUAUUGCAAAGCAGGGGAGCCCUAGCAAGGGGCUGCUUUAAAGUGUUCAUAGGAUGUCCCGUCAUGAAGGCGUGAGCUGUGAUGCAUGUUUAAAAGGCAACUUCAGAGGUCGACGGUACAAAUGUUUAAUCUGCUACGACUACGAUCUGUGUGCAUCGUGCUAUGAGAGUGGUGCUACCACAACCAGACACACAACAGAGCAUCCCAUGCAGUGUAUAUUAACCCGAGUCGACUUUGACCUGUACUACGGUGGAGAGGCGUUCUCAGUCGAGCAGCCCCAGGCCUUCACAUGUCCCUACUGUGGCAGGAUGGGUUACACAGAGCUCUCCCUGCAGGAGCACGUUGCUGCAGAGCACACAGAGACCUCAGUAGAAGUGAUCUGCCCAAUAUGUGCAGCACUGCCAGGUGGCGAUCCAAAUCAUGUGACAGACGAUUUUGCUGCUCAUCUCACACUUGAACACAGAGCACCCAGAGACUUGGAUGAGUCAAGUGGGGUGCGGCAUGUGAGGAGGAUGUUUCACCCUGGGCGUGGGCUGGGAGGUCCAAGAGCCCGAAGGUCUAACAUGCACUUCACCAGCAGCACCACAGGGGGGCUCUCAACCAGUCAGAGCUCCUCACAGAGCUCCAACUACAGCAGAGAGGCCAUGGACCCCAUAGCAGAGCUUCUGUCACAGUUGUCGGGGGUACGGCGUUCAGCAGGUGGUCAGCUCAGUUCAGGCCCCUCGGCCUCUCAGCUCCAGCAGCUUCAAAUGCAACUCCAGUUGGAGCGCCAGCAGGCCCAGGCGGCACGUCAACAGUUAGAGACAGCCCGAAACGCCAGCCGGGGAGGCGGCCGAGCAAAUGCAAUCCUCAAUACAAAUUCAACCGCCACAAACCCCAACCCCAGCGCCAACCACAAUACCAACCCCAGUCCCAAUCCAGGUCAACCUGAGUCCAACACACAGCAUUCUUCACAUAGCUCCCAGUUUCUACUCAGCAGGCUGAGCGAACCGCGGCUCUCUGAGGCCGAGCGGCAGGCGUGCGAGGCCCAGUGGGCCGACAGGAGUCUGUUUGUGACGGAGCUGCUGCUGUCCACGCUGCUGCACGACGAGGAUGCCUCGGCCUCUUCCUCCGAGGACGAGGACGACUGUCAUGGCUCGUUGCGGAAUUUCGCCGACUUCGAGUCCAUGGGCUGUGUUGAGGUCAUGACCUUAGACGUGGCACUGGAGAACCUGAACCUCAAGGAGACGACCCCCGCUACCAAGACGACAAAAACCACGACUAAAACGGCACCAGCUAAGAAAGAGCCACCUGCUCCGCCCCUUUGAUGACAUGGCCGCUCCCUCCCCUCAAAACACCAUUGUAACUGGCUGACUGUCGAGUCAGUCCGACUGCCAAUGGAUGACAAAAAAAGACUGCAGUUCUUUUUGGCUUUUUUUUUUUUUUUUUCUCAGUGAUUGUCAUUUCAGCUCUGUCGCUCCCCACUCGACCCCCAUGUUUAUUGCGUUGUGUACAUUGAAUAAAAGUAGUGAGACGAGAGAAUGUGAAAGCAAGCAAGGGUGGUGGAUGCGUGAGAGAACGAGAAAAAAAUAAUAAUAUAAAUAUAUUAUAGAAAAAUCUAUAUGAAAGUUGAUAAUCAUUUCCACGUAACCCGUGUUUCCUCUAGCAGAAAGCGUAGUUAGCCGUUUUUAAAGAGACAAAACACGUCACACACUCAACCCAGGAGAGGAGGCGGACAGAAACCUCUCCGAUAAAAAACGCUGCUGUGUAUUUAUAGUUAUUAAUUAAAGAAGUGCUUGGAUGGUUUACCACAACUUAAGCAUGAGCUUAAAUCACUAUGUGCCCAUUUUUAACUGCACAGUCACUAGGCGGGGAGGUCUUUGUCUUUUGUUUGGACACCUGAGUUACUGUAAAUUAAUGGUGCUGAGUGCCACAUCGUUGGCAUAUCUGCACUACACACACACACACACACACACACACACAAACAGACUGAUGGCUGUGUUUGGUUACAUUCAUGUCCAGUCUCGACCCGCUCUCCCCCUUGUGUGACAUCACCUGUUUUGGGUCAUGUGACCUUGCUUUAUAUCGACUGUGGGCACUUUGGUUUUGAAUUGCAUAUCCAGUGUCCAUUUGUGUACACUACAGAUGCUCUACAAAAAGGCGAUACACGACUUGGAGGCAAACGGAGAUGAAACAUUCUCUUCAGCUCAACCAGUUUCAGGCCUUUUUCUGACCUGGAAGAAACACAACACAUUCAGUUGUUUUGUUUUUGUUUCUCUCUCUCUCUUUAACGGAAGACCAGAUGCUUCUUUCUCAAGCUUCCUGUGAUCUGAAAAAUUAAUCUUCUCUCCUUUACUCAUGAAUGCAAAGAUUUACUCAUCAUGUGACUUGAAAGAGAGAAUCCUGUAUUGCUCUUUCCAUGAAUUUCUCUCAGUCAAAAAUGAUCUUUGUAUGCCUCCACUGCUACCUGAAGAAAUGCAAUGUAUGUUUUUGGCUCUGCGAACAAGCCAAAUCACAGGGUAAACCUUUCAGUUUGGAGGACAAUAAACAUGUUUUGGAUGGAAAUGAACUAACCCAAUCCUGCUCUCUGGUUUCUGUUUUUACUUUUUUUUUUUCUCAGUUGCUAACUUCUUGGUGAGCAUGUACAGCAUAUGGUAAAAAUAAACACUUAUCUUACAGGUCAAGUCCAA